GCUCGGCUCGGCGCGGCUCGGUUCGGCCGGUAGAAGCCGCGGGCUGUCCGUCCCUCCCCCCUCUGGAGUUGCUCCGGAGGCGCUGGCCGCUCAGCCCCGCUACAAACACCCGCGGCUCGACGCCGAGGCUCCAGCAGCGAGGCGCUGCCCAGCGACCGCCGCGAGUCCCGAGGGGAGCGCUGUCCACAUGGCGUUGUUGCUGCGGCUCGGCUGCUCGCUGCUGGCGCUCAGCACCUGCCUGCUGCCGCGGGCGCGAGCGGACUGCGGGCGGGACUGCGCGGCCUGCGCCUACCGCCUGGGGCCCCGCGCCGACAUCCACCCGCUGGCAUGUACACUAGAAUGUGAAGGAAAGCUGCCUUCUGCCAAGGCCUGGGAGACCUGCAAGGAGCUGCUGCAGCUGACAAAACUGGACCUGUCUGAGGAUGGAAACGCUGCUCCAGGAGACAAAAAAGAGCUGGAUGAGAACCAUCUGCUUGCCAAGAAAUAUGGGGGCUUCAUGAAGAGAUACGGGGGUUUCAUGAAGAAAAUGGAUGAGCUCUACCACCCAGAGUCAGAGGAUGAAGCUAAUGGAGGAGAGAUCCUGGCUAAGAGGUACGGAGGGUUCAUGAAGAAGGACUCAGAUGACGAUGCCCUGGCUAAUUCCUCUGAUCUGCUGAAGGAGCUUUUAGGAGCAGGGGAUAACCCUGAAGCGGCGCAUUACCGAGGAAUAAAUGAAAAUGAUGGAGACGUCAGCAAAAGAUACGGCGGUUUCAUGAGAAGCAUAAAGCGCAGUCCAGAACUGGAAGAUGAAGCCAAGGAGCUGCAAAAGAGAUACGGUGGUUUCAUGAGAAGAGUGGGCAGGCCAGAGUGGUGGCUGGAUUACCAGAAACGGUACGGCGGCUUUCUCAAGCGCUUCGCUGAUUCCAUUCUCCCUUCAGAAGAAGAUGGGGAAACUUAUUCCAAAGAGGUCCCAGAGAUGGAAAAGAGAUACGGUGGAUUUAUGAGAUUUUAAUACCUUUCCCUUUAUCCCUUUUGUCCUAAAUGAGAGAGACUGCCUUAUUGGUCAUAACUUAUUGUAAUGUGUGCUUGUAUUGUACAGUUUUUUUACCGUCCUGGUUAAUGAUGCAACCUGUGAUCUAUUGUUCCAGGUCCUGUGUUCUUUCAAGUCAAAUAACUAAUUCCUGUUUUAGUCAAGUUUCCGUCUGUGCUGUAGUUUCCAUGCUAAAAUGAUUUUGAUUACUGUAUUCAUUUUCUUUAAACAGGAAGUACGUCUACAGUAGAAUUGCUUUACCGUAUAUACAAUAAAUUCUUCAUCCUAAUUGCAUCAAUUCUGAAAUGCUUUUUUCUCUGUUAUUUAAUCAAACAUAUCAUUUUUUUCUUAAUGGUGAGCGUAGUAACACCAAACUGUUCUGUAAUUACAGAAUUUGUACUGCACACACAACACCUGAAAUGAAUUUUUGUUUUUAGUUUUCUCAACGACUUAGAAUACCAGAAUAAUAAAUAUAUGCUCUAAAGAGGA